AUGUGUGGAAGUGUGUCAUGCGAAAUUCAUUAAAACCUACCUAUAUUGUUAUAUUCGCGUAUUACCAAAGAAAAGUGUUAUAUCACAACAUAACCAUCCAUCAAGGAAAUCGCGAAGAAAAUUACUUUGGAUUGCACAAUAAUAUAAUAACCUACUGAAAUAAGCUGCUAAGCAGCUCCAACGCAGUAGACGACACCAUGAAGGUAUGGGGCGCCCAUGGGGAAUUCUGCGCGAGACACCAAUGGGAGGUCAUAGUCGCCACAUUGGCUCUGCUCGCCUGCGCAGCUAGCGUUGAACGCCAUGGCCCGGGUACCAGGCCGGAGCACUGCGCCGGCUGGGCCAGGGCUUGCCCCGGAUUAGAAGCGGAGUACCAAGCUGCAGACGCCGUCAUCAUGACCUUCGUCCGCUGCGCAGCCCUUCUAUACGCUUACUACCAAAUCUCUAAUCUGCAAAAAAUAGCAUCGAAGUACCUUCUAAUCGUUGCCGGGGUGUUCUCAACAUUUGCAAGCUUUAUAUUCACAUCAGCCUUGGCUGGACUGUUUUGGAGUGAACUGGCGAGUAUAAAAGACGCGCCAUUUCUGUUUCUACUCGUCGCCGACGUCGCUAGAGGCGCUAGGAUGGCCAAAGCGGGCUGGUCAGCGGGAGAGGAUCAAGGGAAAAGGGUUGGUCGAGCACUAGCACUAUUGGGACCAACAGCCACUUUAGAUACCUUACUGGCAAUUUUACUAGUCGGGGUCGGCGCCUUAUCAGGAGUUCCGAGACUAGAGCAUAUGUGCACAUUCGCCUGUUUAGCUCUCCUUGUCGACUAUGUAGUAUUUGUGACUUUCUACCCGGCUUGUUUGUCUUUAGUCGCUGAUUUUGCGUCUGGAAGAAAAGAUAUGGGUUCCGACAGUCCCUUUUCAGAAGCGGACCUAAAACCGAACCCUGUAGUACAGCGGGUUAAAAUGAUAAUGGCUGCUGGAUUACUAUGUGUCCAUUUGACCAGUAGAUGGCCUUGGAGUUCCGAUAAUGGUAUAGUUGAAGGCCCCAGCGAUGAUCUCGCCACUGCUACACAUGACAACGUAUUAUUACACUCGUACGUGAAAUGGUUUUCUGUUAGUGCCGAUUAUAUAGUCAUAGCGACAUUGCUUUGCGCUCUAAUUAUAAAGUUUGUGUUCUUUGAAGAACAGAGAAACUGGGUUAUAGAUAUGAAUGAUAUGACAGUCAAAGAGGUUAUGCAAAAUGAUAACGAAACGAACUCUGGGCGCAAACCUUUAUUCUCUGUAGGCGAUGAUUCCAAUUCAGAAGUAUCAACUCAGACUGAUGAAUUAAUUAUCCACGAAGACACCGAGUGGCCUGUACUAUCACCGAGUUCAUCAGCAGCUAAAUUGAAUGCUAAAAAACGUCCAAUGGCUGAAUGUCUUGAAAUUUACCGGUCAGAAGGAGCGUGUACGUCUUUGAGCGACGAGGAAGUGAUUAUGCUAGUCGAACAGUCACAUAUACCUCUUCACAGACUCGAAUCAGUAUUAGGAGAUGGGUUAAGAGGUGUCAGAUUACGUAGAAGAGUUAUAGGCACGAGAUUCCAAACAGAAGAUGCUAUCAAGCAACUUCCAUACCUGAAUUAUGAUUACGGCAAAGUACUGAACGCAUGUUGUGAGAAUGUCAUCGGAUAUGUUGGUAUUCCUGUAGGAUACGCUGGUCCUUUGGUUGUAGACGGUAAAGCUUAUAUGAUUCCCAUGGCGACUACAGAAGGCGCCCUAGUUGCUUCAACUAAUAGAGGUGCUAAAGCAAUAGGAAGUAAAGGAGUUACAAGUGUGGUUGAAGAUGUAGGUAUGACGAGAGCACCCGCUGUUAGACUGCCGAACGUAGUCAGAGCCCACGAAUGUAGGCAAUGGAUUGACAAUAAAGAAAAUUACGCAUUAAUAAAAGAGGCUUUCGAUUCUACAUCAAGGUUUGCGCGCCUCCAAGAAGUUCACAUUGGAGUCGAUGGCGCUAUAUUAUAUUUACGAUUCAGAGCUACAACGGGAGACGCUAUGGGAAUGAACAUGGUAUCCAAAGGCGCUGAAAACGCUUUAAAACUACUUAAAAACUAUUUCCCAGACAUGGAAGUCAUCAGUCUCUCAGGAAACUAUUGUUCCGACAAAAAAGCAGCCGCUAUUAACUGGGUUAAAGGAAGAGGGAAGAGGGUGGUGUGCGAGACUACAAUAACAGCCGAAAAUUUGAAGACUAUCUUCAAAACAGACGCGAAAACUUUAGCGCGUUGCAAUAAAAUCAAGAAUCUGUCUGGAUCUGCUUUAGCUGGGUCUAUAGGAGGCAAUAAUGCUCACGCAGCUAAUAUGGUAACAGCUAUUUUUAUAGCGACCGGGCAGGAUCCAGCUCAAAAUGUUACAAGCAGCAAUUGUUCUACAAGCAUGGAAGUUUGUGGCGAGAACCGAGAAGAUUUAUAUGUAACAUGUACUAUGCCGUGUCUAGAGGUUGGCACGAUUGGAGGCGGCACAGUUUUGACUGGCCAAGGGGCGUGUUUAGACAUCUUAGGGGUGAAAGGCGCUGGUGCAUAUCCCGCGGAGAAUUCUGCGAGGUUGGCAUCCUUGAUAUGCGCUACUGUUCUCGCAGGGGAGUUGAGUUUGAUGGCGGCCCUUGUGAAUUCGGAUCUAGUGAAAUCUCACAUGCGGCACAAUAGAUCAGCUAUCAACAUGCAAGUAGCAGCCGCCCCUGAGAUUUCGACAGUCACUCUAGAAGUACCAAUGUUAUAACACAUCUUGCUGAGAUGAGAGAGAUUCAACCGCUUUCUUUAUCUUAAGGUGAUCUGACGAUAAUAUAUUAAUUAUUGAUAUAAUUAGAAACUGAUAUUGCUUUAAUUUAUAAGUUUGUUUAUUGACUGCAACACCAUGUUUCCACUUAUUUUAAAUGUAUACAAUACGUGUACACUAAGAAUAUACUAGUAUUGCAAUGUAUAAGAUGACUCUAUUAUUCAAAUUAGGCUAUUUUAAUCAUAGAAAAUAUUUAAAUUAUUAACCGGGUCUUAACACGAAUAAUUUUAUGGCAAACUUUCGUUAAACAAUCUAGUGACGGUAGAUGAAGAAAAAACUGCUGUCACCUAUCUACAUUGACAUCGCUGUUACUCCAGUCAGCUCGUGACCACGGCUAGUGCAACCUAGUCGAAACGUCGAGAGAGGUAAAUACCUUUAUUUGCCAUAAAAUUAUUCGUGUUAAGACCCGGUUAAUAAUUUAAAUAAUGUAUAUUAAACACGAAAGUAGAAAAUUAACAUAGAAAAUAUGUUAGGAAUUUUGUUGGUGGAAACGGGGGGGUUAAUUUCUAAUGUGAUUUGACAUAAAAAUAAUUAAAAAUGACAGUUGGACAACGACAUACGAUUACUAAAAUUGUAAUAUAAUAUUAUAUAUACUAAAUGCAGCAAAAGGAAUAAUAGAUUUUCUCGUAUUAUUUAGUAUUAUCUGUUUUAUGUGCAGACAUAUUUUUUUUAAUUGUAGUGCUCACAUACAUCUCUAUUUGCCGUGUAGUCGACAGGAGAAAAUGCCUUAAGGUG